UUUCCAACAAAUUAUGAACUUAAAUUUAACUAAGUACAAUUUAUUUUGCUAAUUGGAGAGGAAAACCAAAAAAAAAUGUCUUAUUAUGAUUCUUCUUCUUCUUCUUCUUUAGUUCCUCCCCUGAUUGAUAAACCCAGUAAAGUUGACCUUGAAGCUGGAAACAUUGACCAAGUUCAGUGUAGAAUUUGCCUUGAAAAUGAUGGUGAGGAUUUUAUUGCCCCUUGUAAAUGCAAGGGUUCAUCAAAGUAUGUUCACCGAGAAUGCCUUGAUCAAUGGCGUGCUGUGAAGGAAGGAUUUGCAUUUUCUCAUUGUACGACUUGCAAGGCUCCAUUUUACUUGAGAGUUAACGAUCUUCAAAGAAAAUGGCGAACCAUAAAAUUUCGGUUCUUUGUGACUACAGACAUCUUGUUCAUCUUUCUCGCAGUUCAGCUUGUUAUAGCUGCACUGGGAUAUUUAGUAUAUGUGAUUGAUGCACAUCAGAAGUUUUGGCUUCGUCUGCAUUGGGGAUUUGGUAGCGAACUAGGCUUCUAUUACAUAUGCGGAGCACUGUUAUUUUUCGCGUUGAUGGGCAUAUCUGGCUGUUUCUUAACUUGCUUUGACGAAAGUGUGCGCGAUGAUUUGAGUCAGCCUUGCCAGAAUGCAUUGUCUUGUUGCUCUUGCGCAAGCUUGUGUGCAGACUGUCAUACGCGUAGACCUUAUACAGGUACAACUUAUAUUUGCAUUGAUACUAACAUAUGCUGUGACAAUUGUUCAAACUCGACAUGUGAAUGUUGCUACGAGAAUCAUUCUUGCACGGACUGUGAAUGUGGGAGUUGCUUAGGAGGCGAUGGUGAUCAAUCUGGGAUACCGGUAUUGUUAGUUGUAGCUGUAAUUGUGCUAGGACUAUUCGCCCUACUUGGCAUGUUUUACAGUGUUUUGGUUGCUACAAUGGUCGUACAGAGAAUUUGGCAGCGACACUACCACAUACUCGAGAAAAGAAUGCUGACAAAGGAAUAUGUUGUGGAGGACGUUGGCGAGGUGGCAUGUAACGAUUGGUCACCGCCACCAUUGCCACAACAGCAUGUUCAGAAGCUGGAAUCACUUGGACUUGUAUAAAACUUGAAGGGGUUAACAAAGGAAACAUCAGAUGGAUUACUACAAUGGGACAAUUCUUGUUUAUAACAGAAAAAUUUUCUUUGAAAAUAAUUUUUUUACACAUGUGUGAUAUGUGCAUAGUUUAUAAAUGAUCAUAAUUCACAUAAAUGUAAUUAUUGAAAAAACUGA